ACACACACACUUCUAUGGAAACGACCCACUCGGCUACCAAAGAAACAUCGACCAUAACUCCCUCUCCUCAAAUCCCUCGGCAACACGCCCCACAACACUGCCACACACCCCAAUCCAGCACCACUCCUACUGGACCCUUGCCACGAGCACCACUACGCUCCUCGCCCUCAAAAUCUACCAAAAAAUCCGCCUAAACCCCCUAAAAAACCUCACUUUUCAACUUUCGCUCACUCGAUCAUCUAAAAAAGCAAUAGCUACUACAAACUCUCCCGUUGCAAGUAAAUCAUAAGAAAAAAAUUAAAGCAGAAUCCCAGUAAAUCUCAAGGUAAUUAAAAUGGGGGGCGUUACAAGCAAAGACGUGAAGAAGUAUCCACGUGAGACUCUUUGUGACCAUGAUAAAGGAAUCAACUGCAUGGCUACCUCGGAGGACGGGUCUCUCUUGGUGACGGGUGCCGAGGACAAGACCGCCAGGCUUUGGGACAUCAGAAGCCGCGAAACGGAGUGUAUUGGUAUAAUGAGAGGUCACACUAGUUACAUCACGUGCGUCGCCGUCCACGACACCUUCAUCGUGACGGGCGCCGCGGACGCCACCCUCAGGAAGUGGGACACCAUCACCUGUGACUGUCUCUUCACUUAUAGAGGACACAAAGGUAGGAUAUCGCGAGUGUUAUGCACGGGUGAGUAUAUCCUCAGCAGCUCCCAGGACAAGACAACCAAGGCAUGGCACGUGGACGAGCUGAUACUGGACGACCUGAAGGGAGACGCAGACGACAUCGCGUGUAUCAAGACAUUUGAGGCACGUGUGUGUGUGUGUGUGUGUGUGUGUGUGUGUGCGUGUGUGUGUGUGUGUGUGUGUGUGUUUGUGUGUGUGUGUGUGUGCGCACGCGCGCGCCCGAGCCAGUGUCCUCCGCUAUCAACGUAAACAAACACUAUUCUCACAAAAUAAAUAGAAUAAAAAAAAAAUAAGUAAAUAAAAAAAAAUAAACCAAAACAAAGUCUAUCUAACUUGCCAUAUCCUCAUUAUGUAUAGAUUUUCAUUACUGUCACCAUCUAUCACUGCUUUCUCUGCGUGUGUUCAGGGGCAUGACAGGGCCGUGUACCCUCUGAUGGUUGACCCCGGCGAGGAAGAUGAAACGGGCACGGUUGGCUACGGUGACCUGGUGGUGACAGGAAGCCUGGACUGUACUGCGCGAUCCUGGGACUUCGUGUCUGGAAACUGUCUUCAGGUGUUCAAGGGGCACACUGGUAGCGUGGUGGCCAUCGUGACGGAUUCUGACACGCGUCUCCUCUACACAGCCAGCGCAGACAAGACCAUUCGCAGCUGGCACAUCGAUACGGGAGUCAACUUUCGGGUGUUCGAGGGCCACAAGAGCCACAUCACCUGCCUGCUGGCCCUCAACAAGCUGCUCUAUAGUGGUGACGGUGACGGCGUGGUGCGGGUGUGGGACCUUACUGCCCGCGACGCCCUCAAGUUGGGACCCCAGCAUGUUGUCUCCGUGGACUCCCUCGCCUCCUUCAGGCCAGCCACCAACACCAUCAACGCCAUCAAGCUCCACAACGGCAUGUUGUUCAUAGCGAGCAGCGACAACCUCGCGCGGGCCGUGGACGCCGCCACGAGGGAGGUGUUGGCUGUGUACACGGGCCACCAGAUCGCCGUUACCUGCAUGGCCAUCAGUGGGGAGCAUUUCUACACGGGGUCCACUGACACCACGCUCAGGGUGUGGGACAUGCCGAAACGAAGGGCGGAGGGAGAAGAAUCUUCGAGCUCCAACGAAGAGGAAUCCGAGGAGGGAGAAGACUGAGGCGUUCCGCUGGGUCAUAAUCUUCCACUUAUUUUCGGGUUGCUCUGGAGAGGGAAGAAAAGAUAAUGAUGAUCUGUCUGUCUGUUGUCCCGUUCAUUCUGCUAUACACACACUCUCUCUCUCUCUCUCUCUCUCUCUCUCUCUCUCUCUCUCUCUCUCUCUCUCUCUC